CUAACCUUCAUGGGUAUAAAUCGCAUAGAAGUCGAAGAAGAUGAUAGUGAUUUUCAGAGUGGCUAUUUACCUAGUAAUGCCUGGCAUAAACUGGGAGAAGAAACAGAGAAGUACUUCAGAAGAGCACCUUCUUUUCACUAUAUGUUGGGAUCUUUCAAGUCUGAUCCUCCUGUACCAAGGCAACGGAUUGAGAGGCAGAAAAAGACUGCAGGAAGAGAAGAAAAACGGGCAAUGCCUGCUCAGUUAAAAAAAAUGGAGGAGUCUCAUCAGGAAGCUACAGAAAAAGAGGUAGAAAGGAUCUUGGGAAUAUUGCAAACUCAUUUUAGAAAUGACUCUGAUACACCUAUUUCCUUCUUUGAUUUUGUUAUUGAUCCACACUCUUUUGCACGCACUGUGGAAAACAUGUUUCACGUGUCCUUCCUUAUAAGGGAUGGUCUUGCAAGAUUAAGGCUGGAUGAUGAUAAAUUGCCAGUAAUAGAGCCUGUAAAAGACAAAGAGGGAAAGGAGGAGGGAAGGGAGGAUGAGCGUAGUGCUGGAGCACGGAACCAGGUUGUCAUAUCUCUGAACUAUCAAGAAUGGCAGGAGAUCAUAGAAACAUUUGAAAUAACAGAACCCAUGAUUAGCCCUCCUUAUGAUAGAAAUGAAGAUGAAAUGGAGACAGCUUAA